UCAGACCUGCAGCAGGAGGGAGAGCCGUUAAAAGGCGACGGUUUCAGGAGCUGCAGGAGUUUUUUUGAUCUGAUUUGAGAGGAUUCAUCAUGAGGAUCAGCUGGAUAUCACUCUACGGGGUUCUGACUGCACUUUGUGCCGUCCAGGCAACCUACACACACUACGCGACGUUGCAAUGCAGCUGCAACGGGAGAUCUCGGUACUGCCUUCGGGACGCCUUGGGCCUGCACUGCGUCGACUGUCAGGGAAACACCGAGGGCCGCCACUGCGAGCGCUGCAAGGACGGCUUUUACCUGCAGGGGGCGGGACUGAGCUGCACACCCUGCAGCUGCAACCUCAUCGGUUCUGUCGGUGCCACAUGUGACAGCAGGGGGCGCUGCAGCUGUAAAGAAGGUGUCACAGGAGGGAAAUGCGACCGCUGCCCAGACGGACCGAUCGGACCAAACGGCUGCUCACAAAGACGUCAGCCCAGAGAAGAUUCUGGGAGUUUGACCCUACCGUGUUUCUGUUACGGCCACAGCAGCCAGUGUUCUGCACAGUCCGGUUACUCCGUCCACAGCAUCACCUCCACCUUCACCGAUGGUCCAGAUGGUUGGAAGACGGCGACGGCGCAGGGCGUCACUCCCGAUGACGUCCACUUCCGCUGGUCACCAAAACACCAGGACCUGGAGGUGAUCUCCAAAAACAGCCUGCCGGUUUACCUGUACGCCCCAGCUCCCUACCUGGGGAAUCAGUUCCUGAGUUACGGUCAAAACUUUUCCUUCUCACUACGUCUGGACCGCGGCGUCCGCCACCCGUCCACCAAUGACGUGAUCCUGGAAGGUGCCGGUUUGCGAGUCGCUGCCUCGCUGGGCGACCUGCGAUCCAUCGUCCCCUGUGGACAGAAAAUCAACUACAGCUUCAGACUGGAUGAGAAGCCUGACAGCAGGUGGCGGCCUCAGCUCUCCUCCUUCCAGUUCCAGACGCUCCUACAGAACCUCACCGCCAUCAAGAUCCGGGCAACAUUCGGCGAAAAUGGACGUGGAUACCUUGACAAUGUAAAGCUGGUGUCAGCACAGCGUGGAGACGGUGUGCCGGCCCGAUGGGUUCAGACCUGCAGCUGCCCACCAGGAUAUGAGGGCGAGUUCUGCGAGCGAUGCUCAGCUGGUUUCAGACGCAAGAUCCCCGCAGAAGGAGCCUUUAGCCCCUGCGAGCCCUGCAGCUGCAGAGGAGGCAGCUGCGACCCGCAGACCGGAGACUGUUACUCUGCUGACGAGACGCCCGGAGACCUGAGCUGCUCGGAGGGGUUUUACCGCGACCCCUGGCAGUCUCAAACCUGUGUAAAGUGUCCCUGUCCAGAUGGAGUGUCCUGCUCGCUGGCUGAUGGCUCACUGGUACCUCGUUGUGAACGCUGUCCAACUGGAACCACAGGCCCUCGCUGUGAUGUCUGUCAGGAAGGUUUUUACGGUGAACCUGCAAGGGGCGACGGUUUGCAGCAACCCUGCAGACCCUGCAGAUGCAACGGCCACAUUGAUGUCACUAUGGCGGGAAGUUGCGAUCGCAGCACUGGCGAAUGUUUAAAGUGUUUGAACAACACAAAGGGGAGGAACUGUGAGACCUGUGUGCGCGGUUUCUACCACAGCCGAGUCACCGAUGCCUGCAAACCAUGUGACUGUGAUGUUUGGGGCUCUGAGUCCCAACAGUGUGAUGAUUUGGGUCGCUGUCGCUGCAAACCGGGUUUUGAGGGUCUGAACUGCCAACGGUCCAACUGUCCUGCAUGUUUCAGCCCCAUCAAGGCGAAGAUGGAGGCUUACGCUGGCAAGUUGAAGGAGCUGGAGACUCUGUUUUCUAACAUGGGUGGAGGUUUGAAACCAGCCAACACCGAGAUUGAGGCUGCUCUGAGGGACAUUGCGGAGCAGGUGGAUGACCUGAAGGACGACACCAAGCUGCUCACAGGAUUGGAGAAGACCCUGCAGGGUCGUCUGUCGUCCAUCAGCAGGAAUCAGCUGGCUGAAGAGCAGGACAUCCAAAACAUUGCCGACAAGGCGGAUGACAUCAAACAACAACAGCAGAUGUACAAGACAAAAGUGGAGGAGGUUCAGACUCUGAUAGAGGAGAUGAAACGCGACCUGGACAAGGCCAAAAUCGACCUCAGAUCAGCUGAAAUUCCUCUUGGAGAUGCUCCGCUGGGUUCAAACUUCCUCUCCUCUUUGGUGCAGACAGCUACCAGUCUGGCUGAUAAACAUCAGACGAUGGCCGACGUUGUGGAGCGAACUGCCACCGGCGCUCUGAGUGACUCUGAGAAGAGUCUGGCUCUGGUCCGAAAUCUCAUGAACAAAGAAAACAAAGUCAAAGAGCUGGUUGGAGAACUGAAAACCAUGUAUGAUCAGACUUCGGCCCAGGUGAAGGGUUUAGAGAACCAGGGGACCCGGCUGAGCAGUGAAGCCAGAGACGAGAUCAAAAUGGCGGAUGGCAUGCUGAAAGACAUCGCCAACAUGGAGCGAGGCAUCCCAUCAUCCCUGAAGGAGGGGGCGAAUGCCAUGGUUUCCAGGUUGGGCGGUCUGCAGCAGGUAGUAGAUGGGGACAUUGCAGGCUUUGAAGCGCAGCAGGAUGGUGUACAGCAAAACAUAGCCACCACCGAGGACCUUCUGGCCAAGGGCAAGGCUGCUCAGCAGGAAUUUGACAAGCUGGUGGACAGAGUCGACGUUGCCAAGGCUGACACCGAAGCAGCUCUCCGACGAAUCACAAGCAACACAGAUGAGCUGGACGACGCCCUGAAGACCCUGAGAGGGUUCGAUCAGCAGAUCGACAGCAACAGAGCUCUGGCCGACGCCGCCAUCAAGCGUCUUCCCGGUAUCAAUGCCACCAUCCAGCAGGCUGUCCGCAACAAUGAUGACACGCUGACCUACCUCGAAGAUGUGUCUGGUGAUUACAACAGCGCUCUGGGAACCAUCAAUGUGCUGGAGAACCUGGUCAACAGUCUGGAGGGAACGUUUGGAUCUUUGCCGCCUCACGCUGGUCUGGUGAAUGAAGCCACCAAACUGAACAAGGACGCGCAGGAUCUGAGGACCAGGGCGGAAAACGCAGCUGGAGAACUGGACUCUGAGCUGGUGACUGCCGUGAGCCUGGAGGCUGAGGCUGAGCAGGCGGCUGUUGGAGCUGCUGGAGCUUUGGACAACGCCAGACAGACCAGAGACGCGGUGGGAAAAACUCUGCGAGACAUCAGCGGUCUGCUGGCCGGCAUGAACCAGUCUGGUGGUCGCGUGGAUGAGGAUCUCCUGAAGCGGCUGGAGGCCUCUCUGGCUGACGCUCAGAGAGACGUGGAAGGCCGUCUGAGGCCUCGACUACAGGACAUGGAGGAGCAGGAGUCCGCCCAGCGACGCCGGCUGACCGGCAUCAACCUAGACAUCGACAACAUCCUAGCAGACAUCGCUAACCUGGAGGACAUCCUGAAGGCCGUCCCCAGCGGCUGCUUCAACAGCCCGCCCAUCGAGGAACCCUGAGGACUGAGGCACGUCACAGUGUUCUGGUUUCACAGAGUCCUGAUCCACAAUGAGAUACCUGCUGCCAUUUCAACAAUAAUCUGGUUUUAUAAAAGAAAAAUUAGCUUUAACAAAAACGUACCAAUUAGUGAUCAUCAUAAUAUAAUAAUAUACAUUUUAUUUACAGCUUCUUUCUAGAACAGUGUUCAUAAAGCGCAAAUUAACUGACUUUAAACAUUUUUAUUUAAUAUCAAAGGACAAAAGACGAGUGAUUUAAUGGAAGAUUAGCUUUAGUAAAUAUUAGUUUUCAUGCAAUGUGCUAAUGCUAAUCUCUGUUUGAAGAUGGUUAAAAGAUAAAAGAUACAUAUAUAUUUACAGUUAGCUGUACAGUUAGCUUCAUAGUUAGCUAGGAUUUUGCUAACAUGCUAACUAGCCGCUAACAAUUGAUUGAUGUCUGACAUCAGUUCAAGGUUUAAUUACUGCAACCUGAACGCAGCAUUACGGCUCAUUGCUCCUGGUUUUUACAGACCAGAUAACUUUUUAUAAACACUGAAACUGCAGAAUGUUUGAUCUGGAAAUGAUUUAAAACAUUAGCAUUAUUGCACAUAACAACCAUAUUUUUCCUCUUUAAUAAACAUUUAAUGAGCCCUACAGGUUGUUCAGUAUGAAAAUGAACUGAUAUCUGUGGACACUGUGUAUGAAACUAUAGUUUGUGUUCAUGUUUCUGAUAAUGAUGUGAUGUAUGUGAAUGAAUGUAAAAGUAUUCUAUUUAUAACUGUAUGUACAGUACAUCAGUGUUUUUUAUCUUUUUAUAUUACGUGUUUUCAUUUGUUCUGUGGAUUCAUUCAUGUGGCCGACCAGCAGAAACAUUUUAAAUAAAACCCGCUGCACUUUUGUUCUGAGUAA